AUGUCGGUGUAUGACAACAAGCAUCCGGGAUGGAAUGAUCAAUUCAAGCGCUCCAACCAGCGCGAUCUCAAAGUCCAGGUGGUGGUGUCAGUCGUCUUUGGUCUGAGCGCAUUUCUUUCCUUUUGUGUACUUCGCCCACGAUGGACUUCUCUGUAUCACGCCCGCAAGAAGCAGUCCGAUGCCGCCUCUCGAUUGCCCGACCUGCCAAAGUCGCUUUUUGGCUGGAUCCCUGUUCUCUACGGCAUCUCGCGCGAGGAAGUUCUAGCUUCUGCCGGUCUUGACGCCUUUGCCUUUUUGGCCUUUUUCCGAUACGCAAUCAAGUUCCUAUCUGUCGCCCUCUUCUUUUCCGUCACCAUCAUUCUUCCCGUCAACUAUCGCUAUACGGGUGACCUACCGUUUCCUCCAAGCAACUCCACCGACGAUGAUCCGUCCGAUUCCGACCCUCUUCGUCUCUUCUACCCUCUAUCCAACGAUACGACAAAGAAGCCCAAGGGUCCAGGUAUCGAAAAAGAUGACAGUUACUUGUGGAUGUAUGUCGUCUUCGUCUACUUUUUCACCGCUGUUGCAGUAUACCUGUUGGUUGAGGAGACUACCAAUCUCAUUCGCAUUCGACAAGCCUAUCUCGGCACUCAAUCCACCAUCACAGACAGAACUUUGCGUUUAUCUGGAAUUCCCCCUGAGAUGAGGUCAGAAGAUGCCAUAACGACAUUCAUCGAAGAUCUCCAGAUCGGCAAGGUCGAGAGUGUCAUGCUAUGCAGGAAUUGGAAGACUCUCGAUAAUGUCAUGGAGUCACGGAUGCAGUGCCUAAGAAAGCUUGAAGAGGCGUGGACGGCUUACCUCGGUCAUCACCAUUCGUUGCGCCAUAGCAGACCUCGUCGCAGGGAAAAUGGCCAUCUAGGCAGUGACGAAGAGACAGGAGCUUUAUUGUCAAGAUCGGAGAUGGAACAAGCCCAUAUCACCCCUGCUGACCGCCCUCGCCCGACAAUCACCAUCCGUUACGGGCCUUUGAAUAUCUAUGGCAAAAAGAUCGAUGCGAUUGAUUAUUAUGAAGAAAAGCUGAGAUUGUUUGACGAAAGGAUUCAAGCUCUGAGACAGUCCGAAUUUAAACCGACCCCUCUGGCUUUUGUCACAAUGCGCUCAACCGCUGCAGCUCAAAUGGCGGUCCAAGCCAUUCUGGAUCCUAAACCCGGUCAAUUCAUUGCCAGUUUGGCACCACCCCCAGCGGACAUUGUAUGGAAGAAUACAUAUCUGUCGCGAAACAAUAGGAUGGUGCGAUCGUGGAGUAUCAUGGUGCUUAUUGGCUUGCUCACCAUCUUUUGGGCCGCUGCCGUUGCCCCUUUGGCUGGUCUUUUGAGUAUCGAAGCCAUCGACAAAGUACUCCCAGGAUUGGCCGCCGCCCUCGAAAGGCAUGAAAUCAUACGUUCGCUCAUGCAGACAGGUCUCACAACCUUGUUGUUCUCUCUCCUCUCAGUCUCAGUACCUUACUUCUACGACUGGCUGGCCAAUUGCCAGGGCAUGACUUCACAGGGUGACGUCGAGCUAUCUGUCAUUUCGAAGAAUUUCUUCUUCAUCUUCUUCAACCUUUUCAUUGUCUUCACCAUUUACGGCUCGGCUUAUACCCUGUACGAAUUCUGGCAGAAUCUACGAGACCUCCUUCGCGACACCUCAGCCAUCAUGUAUGCAGUUGCAAGGUCUCUAGAGCAGCUGUCGCCCUUUUACGUCAAUCUGAUCAUUCUGCAAGCGUUGGGACUUUUCCCAUUCCGAUUACUCGAGUUUGGAUCGGUGGCACUCUACCCCUUCUUCCUAAUUAGCGCAAAGACGCCACGAGAUUACGCGGACCUGGCCAAACCACCGGUGUUCAGCUACGGCUUUUAUCUCCCGCAAACGAUGUUGAUCUUCAUCAUCUGUACAGUGUAUAGUGUCCUUCCAGCAUCGUGGAUGAUCACACUAUUCGGCCUCAUUUACUUUCUCAUCGGCGGCUUUAUCUACAAGUACCAACUUCUCUAUGCGAUGGAGCAUCGCCAACAUUCGACCGGACGGGCUUGGCCAAUGAUUUGCAAUCGCAUCAUCACUGGCAUUGUCCUGUUCCAAGUGGCCAUGACUGGUAUUUUGGCUCUUCGAGGAGCGCUAACAGCGUCCCUAUUUCUUGCACCUCUCCUCUUCGCAACCAUCUGGUUCACCAUUUAUUUCUCUCGCACCUACUACCCACUGAUGCGGUUUAUUGCACUGAGAAGCAUUGAUCGAGUCACCACACCUGAUCUACCAUCCCCUGCAGAGUCUUCCUGGAACAGAGAUACCGAUCGGGGCCGAUUUGUCGACACCGAUCCGGAGACCGGUCUUCGUUAUAUCAACCCCAACCUCGUCUCUCCUCUCGAAACGCUUUGGAUCAGGAAGCCAGGACAUGGUCGAUCGCUUCCUGGAGUUAAUAACGACAGCGGUUGA